AGAGACCUGUCACUUAGACGUCUGCAGUGGCUAGUGCGUGUGCAGCUCGUCUUUGAUUCUCCAAGUUCGUCUUAAGGUUAAACUUCUUGGUGAGGGAUUCGCCCAUUGAAGCGAUUACUACCAGAAAUGGCGCUCUACAGUCUUGUUUUGCUUCUUCUUGUGGGAUUUUCAAACGUUUUAGGCCAAGAAAAUUCCACGGCACCAACACCUACCAUGGAGGUCUUAAAAACCUUGUCCGUUGAAUGUACUCAUGAAUAUAUGAUGGUAAUCUUGGAACACCAACCCAAUCACGGCAAUCUCGAUAUGGACAAAAUCACUCUGAUGGACGUAACCUGUACCCUGAAUAACUUGGGAGAAUUUAACGCAACUCAUCUGUGGAUGAGGGCUCCGCUCGAUAGUUGCAUGACAAACCACAGCACAAGUGGAGAUACUAUUACGUACAUGAACAGCAUCAUUGCCGAGACGAGGGCAUCUGCGGGAAGCGUUCUGAUCUCCAGGGAGUUUCAGGCCGAGUUCCCGUUCAAGUGCAGCUAUCCUCGAUCUGCUCUCAUGUCUGUCGCCAGCUUCUCUCCUCGGGAAAAAGUCAUCUACACAAGGACAGCUGAAUUUGGUAACUUUACCUUCACGAUGGAUAUGUACGAGACAGAUCAAUACUUGAAACCAUAUGAUAGCUAUCCGGUGGAAAAGAAGCUGAAUGAAAAGAUGUUCCUAGAGGUGAAAGUCGAGUCCAAUGAUUCUAAACUGGUGCUGAUUCCUGAAAAAUGUUGGGCCACGCCCAGUCAGGACCCAAAGGAUUCAAAAUUCUUUGCAUUUAUCGAUAAUGGUUGCGGUGAGGACUCUACACUGGUGUUUAAUUACGAGGAAAAUGCAGUUCAACGGUUUACCUUAGAUGCUUUCCGCUUCUUACAAGAGAACGCAGGAUCCACUGUUUACCUUCAUUGCGCUGUGGAAGCAUGCCGCAAGGGAGACAGCGAAUCACGUUGUGCCAAGGGAUGCAUCCGGGACAAUGUCAGAAAGAGGCGCGGCUUGGUAUUGGAUAGUGUUCAGAAGCAGACUGUUACCAUUGGACCAUUGACCGCUGAAGAUAUUCAACCACAAGAACAAGCACAAGAGUCUGGAAGUUCGCUGACCGUUAUCGGCGCGGUUGCUGGUGUCCUGGGCGUGGUCGUCUUGGCACUUAUCGCAGCUCUGGUAGUGUUGUACAUGCGUUAUCAUACACCCCAGCAAGCUGGUCAAGUCGUGUACUCAAAGGCCUCCAAUGAUGAAAACAAGAUGCUUGUGUGAGGGGGACUGGGGUUGACGUCACGUGGCACACUAUAGGAAAGUCUUUUGUCGUUCACCGCUUCUUUUUGUUAGCUUGAGAAGCUAAUGACAUUUUUUACAAUUUUUUUAUCUCAGUUUUCAUCGACAUCCAGCUUUUGAAUGACCAUGUUCAACUUUAAGAACCUUUUAGUAGCUUUUAGAACCUCGAACCACUGUUUAGUUUUCCAUUUACACCUUUCUAUUGAGACAAUAAAUUUUGAAUUAAGACAGUAUAAAAUAAUGUUUUAAAGUCAAUUGUUUUUAUUUUUUAUACAGAAAAUCAAUUAAUCGGUAAAACUUUUCUUAAAAAUUUCUAACAAACUGUUGGCGGUGAUGAAUUGCUUUUGCGCUUUUCCAAGUUGGCAUUUAAGGGUUUCAUAAAGUUUGAUUAAUAUAUUUAGACUUGCUACGGUUGUUACGCGAUAAAGAUUUGGCGUCUAAGAACGCUUUUCCAGCAUUCCUUUCCUACUCUUUGCUCCUCCUCAGCCCUCCUCGUGUAAGAAGAGAGGGAGUGGCGGCAAGUCUAAUAUGUCGAUCAAUCGUUACUGCUUUUCGUCAUUUCAUAGAAGUUACAUUGAAGACACAGAUUCUUUCCUGCAUCGUUCUAGGCGGUAAACGAAUUUAAAAGAAUCUACCUCGUUGAAUAAUGUUAUGGACAAGAAACGUCCUUAACCGUUACAGCGUUUGCAAGGUAAGAAAUGACGAAAUAUAAGCAAGCUUAGAAUUCUAGCAAAAGGGUGUGGCACAAACAGAUCGACUGUUUCAAGUACUCCACAUUGAUAAAUUGCGAUAUUUACCGCUUUUAAAGUAGGCUCAACAAAGUAGAAAAAUUUUUUGAUUCUCCUGGAUUUGUUGCUGAAAAAGUGACUGGAAUAGGAUCAUUUUAUUCAAUUUAGGCAUAGUUAGAUCGAGGGGCAUUUUCCAUAGUGUCGAAUCUUACAGUUGCAGUUAAGAACUACUAUUAAUCUUUGCUUGCUAUUUCAUUUUUAAACAUUUCAGACAGCUCAAUAAUGUAUGUGCCACUGUAAGUAAGCCUUGCUUUCCUAUUAAAAUGCAUUAAAAAAAUCA